AUGGCUACAGAGGGAUUUGUGGUGCCAGUAAUAAACCUGGCCAAGUUUGAAGAAGAGAAGGAGAAGCUUAUAUCAGCAGUUAUAACAUAUGGCUCUUUCCGAGUGAUCAACCAUGGAGUUCCUCAAAAGCUUAUGUCGGAUAUGAAGGCUUCUACAGAAUAUCUCUUCGAGCUCCCCUCUGAGGUGAAGCAAUGCAACACUGAUGUUAUUAUCAAAAGCGGCCAUGUUGUCGCUCCGUUCUAUGAGGGUUUGGGCAUCUAUGAUGCAAGCUCGCCGACCGACGUCUACAACUUUUGCUCCCUCUUGGAUGUCUCAUCCCAUGAUAGGGAAAUUCUCAGUACAUAUGCUUCUAAAGUUCAUGAUCUGAUCGUUGAUUUGGCAUCCAAAAUAGUUGAAUGUUUGGGAAUCAAAAGCUAUUCAUUUCAGGAAUGGCAUUCUCACUUAAGGAUGAACAGAUACAAUUUCACAAAAGAAACAAUCAUUGGAUCUAUUGGUGGGGCAGUCCAUACAGACAAUAGUUUCAUUACUAUCCUUCUUGAAGAUGAGUAUGUUGAUGGACUUGAGAUUAUGGACCUCACUGGAAACUUUGUUCCAGUUGAUCCUGUACCAGGAACAUUUCUUUGCACCAUGGGAGAUAUCGCAAAGAUUUGGAGCAAUGGAAUAUUUCAUAAUGUGAGACAUAGAAUUAUUUGCAAGAAAGCAAUGCCACGAACUACGGUCGCCUUAUUUAUGCUUUCACCAAAGGAUAAUAAGAUUGAGCCUCAAGCCGAAUUUGUUGAUUUUGAGCACCCGAAGCUCUUCCAAAGUUUUGAUUACAAUGAGUAUAGAAUGCUCAAGUUAUCAAAUUUAUCACUAACUGAGAAAGAACAUAUCGAUGUAAAUGAAGCUGCAAUAAUGGCUUUAUUCACUACACAAUAA